AAAGAUGAAAGUAGCUCCGGGGCUGGUAGCGUGCCGCGGAAAUGAGGUGCUCGCUUUGGUGUUAUUGCAGCCUCUGAAAUCAAAGCAUGUAUGUGUCAGUUUGAGGAAGGGGAGGGGAUAAUUACACCAAGGCCAAGUCAUGUUUUUAUGCAAUGUCACAAAGGAAACAGCAUGUGGAUGAUUGUCCUUCGUAUCUUAGAGUUGAGACCAGAACCCUCUCCUCUCCCUUCACAAUGGAUCUGAUUGAAAUGUGCCUUGUGGCAGAGCAUAAAUAUACUUCAUACCUUUAAAAAAGCUGGCAGAAAUCCUGGCUGCCUCUCACCUACAGCUUCAGGGCAGUUUAUCUCGUCACUGUGGAGGUCAGCAGGCCUGUGUGGGAGCUCCCUGCUUUUGGUACCCAACCCAGCCUGAUCUCAGUUCCCUGAUGCUCUUAUCAACUGAAUUUAAAAAAUGGAGACACAGUAGAGGCAUAAGGUUUGAUGACAUCAGCCAGCCUUUCAAAUGAGACAGUACUUAUACAGAGUUACAGUUGUAUCCAAGGCCAGUAACUGGAAAUGAAAACUGGAAAAAUAUAGACAAAGAGCAACGCAAAACCRUUAGACUGCGUGUGUAACAUGAAGUCUCUAGAAAAUUGAGGAAAAUGAACUCUACUAUGGUUUGUUGGUCCCUAGYGGGAAUACUGGAUUGGCCAGGUCAAAUUGGGAAAGCAGAACAAGAAGGGGAAGUGACCAAAUACGACCUGUUUGAGGGCAAUAACCAUGGGGGCUCGAGCUACGGACUCCACUCGGGACCUGGAGAGCACCUCUAUAAAGUACCAAAUGGGAGGACAUGCAGAGAAAAUGUGGCAACGGCUCAAAGGAAUAUUAAGAUGCCUAGUAAAGCAGCUGGAGAAGGGUGACAUUAAUGUGGUGGACUUGAAAAAGAACAUUGAAUACGCAGCGUCUGUGCUCGAGGCGGUUUAUAUCGAUGAAACCAGAAAGCUUUUGGACACUGAGGAUGAGCUGUCUGACAUCCAGUCAGAUUCAGUGCCUCUGGAAGUGCGGGACUGGUUAGCUUCUACGUUCACCAGGAAAAUGGGGAUGGUGAAGAGGAGACCGGAAGAAAAGCCCAAAUUCCGGAGCAUUGUACACGCUGUACAGGCAGGAAUUUUUGUAGAAAGGAUGUACCGAAGAACUUCUAACAUGGUUGGUUUGGCUUAUCCAGCAGAAGUGAUAGUAACAUUUAAGGAUGUUGAUAAAUGGUCUUUUGAUGUGUUUGCCCUAAAUGAAGCAAGCGGAGAGCACAGUCUGAAAUUUAUGAUGUAUGAACUGUUUACCCGAUACGACCUUUUGAGCCGUUUCAAGAUCCCUGUUCCAAAUCUUAUUUCAUUUGCUGAAGCACUUGAGGUUGGUUACAGCAAAUUCAAAAAUCCAUAUCACAAUUUGAUCCACGCAGCUGAUGUUACUCAAACUGUGCAUUACAUCCUGAUUCACACUGGUAUCAUGCACUGGCUCACAGAACUGGAAAUUUUGGCAAUGAUCUUUGCAGCUGCCGUCCAUGAUUAUGAACAUACUGGGACCACAAACAAUUUUCAUAUUCAGACAAGGUCAGAUGUUGCAAUAUUGUACAAUGAUCGUUCUGUUCUUGAAAAUCAUCAUGUGAGUGCUGCUUAUAGGCUCAUGCAAGAAGAAGAGAUGAACAUCCUCACAAAUUUAAACAAAGAUGACUGGAGGGAGUUGCGGAGCUUGGUCAUUGAGAUGGUUUUGUCUACAGAUAUGUCGGGUCAUUUUCAGCAAAUUAAAACGAUGCGACAUACUCUGCAGCAGACAGAGGGGAUAGACAAAGCCAAAGCCAUGUCUUUGAUUCUACAUGCAGCAGAUAUAAGCCAUCCAGCAAAGUCCUGGAAACUGCACUACCGGUGGACCAUGGCCUUGAUGGAAGAGUUUUUUCGACAGGGAGACAAAGAGGCUGCUUUAGGGCUUCCAUUUUCCCCACUCUGUGACCGCAAGUCCACUUUGGUAGCUCAGUCCCAAAUAGGUUUCAUUGAUUUCAUAGUAGAACCAACAUUUUCUCUUCUUACGGAUUCAAUGGAGAAAAUUGUUAUUCCUCUUAUAGGGGAAGCUUCAAAAUCUGAAAGUCCUGCAUUUGGGACACUCAGCCAGAAUAGUUUGGGAGCAGUAAGCAAUCUUGAAGCACAGAGACGACCUGGUAUUAAAAGUGCAAGUGAUGGAGCGACUUACAUAGAAAAUUCUCUAGCAACUGUAGACCUAACAAGCUUUAAGGACAACUUGAUGCAGAUCAUUCAAUCAAACAAAGAAAGAUGGAAGGAAUUAGCAAUACAAGAAGAGCUUGUGAAAAGUGAUGAUGAACAGCUGAAAGACCAAAGCAGAAAAUCCACAGAUGCCCAAAUACAAGAAGAGACAACAAGGACACAAAACGAGACUAGUCAGGAAAGCAAUGAAACAACGUGCCCUCCCAGAUCCAUCGUCCUACAAGUAAUCUCUUUUGACACUCCUCUUCCUGAAUCUGACUCAGAAAAAUGCACUAACUCUGAUCUGAACCAGAAGGAUCUCAUGGAGGCCCAGCAAGAAACGCAGAGCACAGACCCGCUGAAUGAUGAGCCUAAACACUGCAAGAAAUCAGAAGACAUAGUAAAAUCCACUGAGCAAAACCCCGCACUGAUCAGCAACUAGACUUGAUAUUUCUUAAAGGCUUCUGACAUUUCAGGGAGGAGAGGAGCAAAAGAAGACCACUAACAGUUCCUACUCCUGUUCUUGCUGAGGCCGCUAAUCCAUCAAGUUCCUCUUCAAUUAUAUCGUUCUAUGGAGAAUGAUUGGACAAAACUAUUGAAAAUGUAAAGCAUAAAAACCUGAGCUGGUUACUCCACACACUAAAUAACUCAAAAUGUCAGUUGUAGUUGUUGCUGUUUCUGCUUCUGUUCUGCUUUCUGAAACUAGCCAGAAUACUACUUUUUUCAGCCAAGGUUGGACCUCAUUUUACUGCAUCACUGAAACAAGACAUUUUCAGCUAAGCAUGAGACAUGUAAAAUACAUGGGUCUGUCUGCACUGGAUUGCUCUUCUGUGGCACUGCUACUGGCAGUAGGGAUUGCAAAAUCAAAGCACUGUUAGAGAUACUUGUUCAUGCAGCCAUGCUGCAUGCAGCAUUGACGCUCUCCUGAUUAGCUUGCUUAGAGUAUCUGGAAAUAAGAAAUAAAUUGUAUAGGGAAGCUCUAGAGUUAUACUGAUCAGCGCACAUGGAUGACAACUCUAUCCCACUGCUCUGGAGACCUCGUGUUCAACAGAAUCAGUAUCAAAAUAUCUCCUUUAAAUUAAUUAAGUAGCACUCACUGUUCAGACCCAAACUUCUCAGUACUGUUUCCUGUAGUAUUUAGCAAGAGCUUGGCACUGGUGUCCACCUUGCCACGAAGCUGGCCAUCGACAGCUCUGUAAAUACGUGAUAAAUUGCUUCCCUUCAGCAAACACUGAGUUGCCUCUCUGGCAGAACUGGAAGGAGACACCGAGGCCUUAUGCCAUGGUUUUGUUCCAAUGCAAAACUGACCACUUGGAUCCUGCAAAAAUCUUUCCCAUGGAGGAUCCUCCCUAAUCACACCCGCACGCAAGACCCGCACC